AGAGACUGAAUCAUUUGUGAAACUAACAGAGCAGUAAGACACCAUGGCUGCUUUCAGAUGGAUUCAAAUCUUUUUACUUCUGAUCCUCAUGCUUCAGCUUAAAGCACAAACUGAGACACAGCAAACCUUCCUGACUGUCAGAGGUGGAGAAGAAGUCACUUUACCUUGUGGAAACAGAAGAGAUACAGAUGAUGAAUAUGAUGAAACUAUUUGGUUCUUCAAUGAUAGACAUAGAUCUGGAACAAGAACACUCACACUUGGAAAUAAUCACAGAGAAAUGAAAACUAUAUCAGACAGACUGAGUGUUACAGCAAACGGUUCUCUGCAUCUACAUAAAGUCACAGAGGGUGAUGCUGGCCGGUACGUCUGUCGUUGGAUCGAUUCAGGACAACAUCAUGACUUUCAAGUGUUUCUAUCUGUAAUUACUAUUGUUGAACAGGAGAACCCAGAUAACGUCGCUCUGUUCUGCUCUGUGUUGGAUUAUGAGGGCUGUUUUCAUGAAGUGAAGUGGCUUUAUGAGGGGAACGAGGAAAAACCCUCAGAUAUGGAAAUAAAACAACAUUCCUGCUCUGCCACUGUGACAUUUCCAACAUCUCAUCAGAAAUUAGACAUUUAUCCGUCACUGACAUGUAAAAUCACAAACUCAGACACUAAAGCAGUUCAGCUGAUCCCCUUCAGUCCUCAGCCCUCAGAGGUGAUCCGGUCAACCCCAACAGCAACACAUCACUGGACAUCUGCAGGGAGCAACAAUGAAGUUAAACAACAAGAUAUCUUCAGUUUGUUGAGAUGGAUCGUUGUGUCUGCAGGUUUAGCAUCUCUCAUAAUAUCAGUCAUUAUUCUCAACCUGUGGUUGAAAACUAAAGGAAAUAAAAAACAAAAUGAGCAAAACCUGGAAUGUAACCAUGAAGAUGAAGAUGAAGGUGUAGAGAUAUAUGAAAACUGAAGCAAUUUCUGCUGCUGCCAGGCAGAACUGAUCGACAACUUCAGCAUCAGCUUCCAGCAGGAAUGAGAGCACUGCUUAUGACGAAUAUCUCAUUAUAUUUAACAUCAGCAGAUGAUAAUAGAAAAAUUGAUUAUCUUAAAAAGUUAAAUUUCUUCAUUGCAGUUUUAGCCUGAAACUUCAUUUAUAACUUUUUCUUUUUGUUUCUGACCCUCACAACAUUCCUUACUGCUUCAUUUGUUUAAUAUUUGAGGAGUUGAAAUCUUAACAAUAAGAGUCAACAUAAAACUUUUUAAAUAUAUUUUUAGACUGAAAAGCUGUACAACUCAUUGUAAUGUAAUAAUACAGUCCAAACUCCUCAAUUGGACCACAAAUCAAGUCUUUGCUAUAAAUGUCUCUCUUUGACCACCAGGGGGCGAUGUAGCUGUUAAUGAGAUUAUUGUUGUCAAAAAACAUAUCAGAGAAAGUUCAUAUUCCAAUUGUUUAUCAAUUAAAAUUGGUUCCAUGGUUGUUUAUUAGGAAAAAAAUCCAUCAGAAAUUAAUACAGUCAAGUUGUUACAAAUAUCAAUAACCUGUAGGUAUUUUUAUGUUUAUUGUUUACAUCUUUGUUCUGAGUGAAAAUCCUUUAUAACAUUUAUAACAAAUAUUUAGUACCUUCAUUAUUUAAUUAUGUUAAUCUAUUGGAAUAAUAAUAAAAAAAAAAUCAAACAUUACAGAGGGAAGAUCACAAUAAACAAAUAAGAAAUAAAAAAAAUAUAUAGCCUAUAAAUAAAAUCUAUUGGAAUUACACCAAGGUUCCAGUAGGUGGCAGCACAGUUGAGUUCCAUUGAUUCAUAAACUCCCGUUUCUUGCUUAAAGUUCCUUUAUAUUGUUUUUAAAUGUGUAUUUAGAUAUGUAAUAUAAAUCUGUAUCCUAAUUAUACGCGUGUCAAGAUAUUUCUUGUUUAUUUUUAUUAAAUUAAAGUGCAUUUCUUAAUUCAAAUAUUAAUUUUAUUUAAUUUAAUUUUUUUUUCAUUUUUACUGUUUAAAUAAAUAUUUAAAAAAUAGAGAUAUUAUAUUAAUAAAUGUUCUUCUAAUC